GUACUCUGGGCCCCUGGAUUGGCUGUUGAUGCUAGUUGGGACGAUCGCAGCAGUUGCCCAUGGAGCUGCCCUCCCUCUCAUGACAAUCAUAUUUGGCGAUAUGACAAACAGUUUUGUUUCUGAGGGCAAAGAUACAAAAAAUAUGUCAACAGCAGCUGAAGGGAAUAUAACAGAAUCCUUGCAAGAACAAAUGACCACGUUUUCCUAUUACUACACCGGUCUGGGAGGAGGGGCUCUAAUUGCUGCCUACUUUCAGAUCUCAUGCUGGACUCUGGCUGCUGGACGGCAGAGUAAGAAGAUCAGACAGAACUUUUUCCACGCUGUGCUGCGGCAGGAUAUCAGCUGGUUCGAUGUCAGCGACGCAGGACAACUAAACACCAGACUAAGCGACGAUGUCUCCAAAAUAAAUGAUGGUAUUGGUGAGCAGCUUGCCAUGCUGUUUCAGUACGCCGCUACCUUCCUGACAGGUUUUGUUAUCGGAUUUGUGAAGGGGUGGAAGCUAACUCUGGUGGUUUUGGCAAUCAGUCCACUUAUGGGACUGUCAGCAGCUCUGUGGUCAAAGAUCAUGGCAGCAUUUACCAAUCAAGAGCUAGAAGCCUAUGCCAAAGCCGGAGCGGUGGCAGAAGAAGUCUUGGCAGCAAUCCGGACAGUCAUAGCCUUUGGUGGACAAAAUAAGGAAAUUGAAAGGUAUGAAAAGAAUUUGGAAGAUGCCAAGAACAUUGGAAUCAAAAAGGCAAUCACCAGUAAUGUGUCAAUUGGAUUUGCAUUCCUAACCAUAUACUCAGCAUAUGGGCUGGCAUUUUGGUAUGGGACCACCCUGGUUAUCCAUGAAGCUUUCAGCACUGGGGAUAUAUUGACGGUGUUUUUUUCAGUAACAUUUGCCGCCUUUAGCUUUGGUCAUGCUGCCCCCAAUAUAGAAGCUUUUUCUACAGCGAGAGGAGCAGCUUACAGUGUAUUCCAGAUUAUUGAUAACGAACCAAAGAUUGACAGUUUUUCCACAGUAGGACAUAAACCUGACAAGAUAAAGGGAGAUAUUGAGUUCAGAAAUGUGAAAUUUACUUAUCCAUCCAGACCCAAUGUCCAGGUUUUGAAGGGGUUGAACUUCAAGAUCCAAAGUGGCCAGUCUGUGGCCUUAGUUGGGAGUAGCGGUUGCGGUAAAAGUACCACUGUCCAGCUCAUUCAGAGGUUCUACGAUCCAGAGGAAGGCUCAAUCUCAAUUGAUGGACGAGAUAUUCGCAACCUCAACACUAGGUAUCUACGAGAACUAAUUGGUGUGGUGAGCCAGGAACCAGUUCUCUUUGACACUACAAUUGCAGAGAAUAUACGAUAUGGCCGAGAUGAUGUCACAAUGAUGGAAAUUGAACAGGCCACCAAACAAGCCAAUGCCUACAAUUUCAUCAUGGAAUUACCAGAUAAAUUUGACACUCUUGUGGGGGAGAGAGGAACACAACUGAGCGGAGGUCAGAAGCAGAGGAUCGCCAUCGCACGGGCGCUGGUCCGCAAUCCUAAAAUUCUUCUUCUGGAUGAGGCCACCUCCGCUCUGGACACAGAGAGUGAAGCCAUCGUCCAGGCCGCCCUGGAUAAGGUCAGAACAGGCCGGACUACUAUUAUAAUCGCACAUCGCUUAUCAACAAUUAGAAAUGUAGACAGUAUUGCUGGAUUCAACAAUGGCAACAUCACAGAGCAGGGAAGUCACAACGAGCUCAUGAAAAGGGAUGGAAUCUACCAUAAACUUGUCAGCAUGCAGGCUGUAGAAGCGGCAGAGGAUGAUGAUAAUGAAAACAGAAAUGAUGGGGUACCAGAGGAUACCCCAGACUUAAAUCACUCAGGGGGAAAACUGGUCAGGAGAUUGUCUAGCCGGAAAAGCGUGGGGAGAACUUCAGAAAAACAAGACACCCAACAGGAAGAGAAGGAUAAAGAAAUGAGUGAUGAACCCCCACCAAUCUCAUUCUUCAAGAUCCUGAAGCUAAAUAAACCGGAGUGGCUGUAUUUUGUGGUGGGAGUUAUCUGUGCCAUAAUCAAUGGUGGUACUCGGCCCGCUUUCGCUAUUAUAUUCUCCAGGAUUAUUGGGGUAUUUGCAGGACAGGAAGAUGAAAUUAGAUCAAGAAGCAAUUUGUUCUCACUGAUGUUUGUGGCCCUUGGAGGAAUCUCUUUUGUGACCUUUUUCCUACAGGGAUUUACAUUUGGGAAAGCAGGGGAGAUCCUUACAAAGAGGCUGAGACUUCUGACAUUCAAAGCGAUGCUGAGACAGGAAAUUGGAUGGUUUGAUGACUUCAAAAACAGCACUGGUGCCUUAACUACAAGGCUGGCUUCUGAUGCUUCAAAGGUUCAAGGAGCUACAGGGGCCAGACUGGCAUCACUCUCCCAGAACAUUGCAAACAUGGGUACUGCCAUUAUCAUAUCUUUCAUUUAUGGGUGGCAGUUGACUCUUCUCCUGUUGGUCAUUAUACCAAUCCUGGCCAUUUCUUCUGUCAUCAGGAUGAAGAUGUUCACUGGACAUGCCAUAAAAGACAAAGCAGAUUUAGAAAAUGCAGGAAAGGUUGCCCUUGAUGCUAUUGAAAACAUUCGGACAGUUGUAUCUUUAACCCGAGAGCAGAAAUUUGAAGACCUGUUUGAAGAAAAGCUGGAAGGUCCUUAUAGGAAUUCCAUCAAGAACGCCCAUAUGCAAGGUUUCUCCUAUGGAUUAUCCCAGGCUAUCAUGUUCUUUGCGUAUGCUGCUAGUUUUAGGUUUGGUGCCUUUUUAGCGGUGCAAGGAUACAUGACCUUUGAAAAUGUGUUUCUGGUAUUUGCAGCCAUUGUUUUUGGAGCCAUGGCUUUGGGUCAGACCAGCUCCUUUGCUCCAGACUAUGCAAAAGCUAAAGUGUCAGCAGCUUAUAUAUUCAGCCUGCUGGAGAGACAACCUCUCAUAGACAGCUACAGCACUGCUGGAAACACACCUCCACAAUGCAAUGGAAAUAUCACCUUCAAGGGAAUUCACUUUAACUAUCCAACCAGGCCAGAAGUUGCAGUGCUGCAAGGUUUGGACAUCACUGUGGAGAAAGGUGAAACUCUGGCAUUAGUGGGUAGCAGUGGAUGUGGGAAAAGUACAUCCAUUCAGCUCCUGGAAAGAUUCUACGAUCCGCAGAGUGGAGAAGUGUGCAUAGAUGGUUCUGAUGUGAAGGCUUUGAACAUCCAGUGGCUGCGGGCACAAAUGGGCACUGUAUCCCAAGAGCCAAUGCUGUUUGACUGCAGCAUAGCAGAGAACAUUGCAUAUGGAGACAACAGCCGAAAGGUGAAGCAAGAGGAGAUUGAACAGGCAGCCAAGGAGGCCAAUAUCCAGAGCUUCAUAGAGUCUCUACCUGAUAAAUACAACACCCGUGUUGGAGAUAAGGGCACCCAACUGUCUGGAGGUCAGAAGCAGAGGAUCGCCAUAGCCCGAGCCCUUAUCCGGCAACCAAAAGUUCUACUGCUGGAUGAAGCUACAUCCGCCCUGGACACAGAGAGUGAAAAGGUGGUACAGGAAGCUCUAGAUAAAGCUCGAGAGGGGCGCACCUGUAUAGUGAUCGCCCAUCGACUCUCCACCAUUCAGAAUGCAGACAAAAUAGCCGUCAUCCAGAACGGGAAGGUUGUAGAACUGGGAACACAUCAACAGCUACUGCAACUUAAAGGUGCCUAUCACUCGCUGGUUACUAUACAACUCAGUCCAACAUGAGCGGAGACAAAGCCAGCCAACCUCAUAGAUCAGCAGAAGAAGGAAAUCAUACCACUGGGACUAAUACAGUUUCAAAAUAAAUGAAGAUACCAAUGAAGGUCAACAAGGAUUGUAAAAUGUGGAGCAGUCAAACAGCCAAAUGUUAGUAAAGGAGCCUCAUGAAACAAA